UAUUUUUACAUUCUAGGCACUGUAGCAUUAAAGAGUCAGAAUUUUCAACAAUUAGUACAAUACAGAAACAAGUACGUUACGACUGGGACACUGUGGAAUUAUAACGUCCAGUCCAUCUAUUUCUGUGCAAUACACUGUCAAAAUGACAUUCAGUGUAAAUCGUUCUUUUACGGUGACAUUGCGUGCAGUGGCUAUGGUGAAGUUGUUCCAAAUACGCCUGACUUGACAACGUUGAAUGGAAUGGAAUUUUACAGAAAAGAAGUUUAUUGUGACAAUGAUUACACGUUUAGUAACAAGACAUCAAUAUGUUACAAAGUUGUUAACACAACCAAUUCAUGGACAGGUGCUAAACAGAUCUGUAACGAUGAAGCUACAAGUCUUAUUGUUCUUGACAAAGCAGACAAGAUUGAUGUUUUAGAAAAAAUACCAGAUUACUUAUGCAACGGUGUCUUUAUACCUAUCUAUAACAAAUGUUACUGGUUGACGUCAACCUCUGAUUUAUGGGUACCUGGUAAAACAACUUGUCUUAAUGGUGGAGGACAACCUGCAUCGUUCCCAGAUGUAAACACUUACAUUUAUGUUGUCAAUGCUUUGGGCAUUAAUGGAAGUACAAACGACGUAUGGAUAGGUGUAAAUGACUUUAACAUGGACGGAGUCUGGAAAAAUUAUGACGAUAGCAACCUCGCCUUUUACGACUACAUGUACAAUUAUAGUGUAUACGGAAGCUGGAACGAUAGAGAUGCUUUAGCAAUUAUACCAACAGAUAACCUUCUUUGGUGGGAACGCAAUGAAUACGUGAAAAAUCUUAAGAUGUUGUGUGAAAGAGACAUAGUUGAUGAUUAUUGGGUUGGUGGUUCGGAUCAAACGAACGAAGGCACCUGGCUAUGGGAAGAUGGGCAAGCUAUCAAUAUGUCACUGUUCCGUACUGGAGAGCCGAAUGGGAAUACUGCACAAAACUGCUUGUCCCUUAAAUUUUCUUCAUCAGGUAAUCAGUUUGAAGACGAAGACUGCUCCUUAACGAAAAAGUUCAUUUGUCAAAUGAUUUAGUAUUUGAAGAUUAUUUUUUUAAAUGUAACAACCUGUGUUACAAUGUGUAACAGUAGAUACUAUUUGUAUAGUCUGUGAACUCUUGACAUUAUAAGCAUAUAAAAACAAUCACUGAUGUUUUCUAAGUUAAUUUUUGAAUAAAAUAUACUACUGUCUUACAACAUAUAUGAUUGAUACAUUGAAGAGUGAUUGUGAUAUAUACAAAAAGUAAUCGACCUCGUCACAACCCCUUUUCUUCAGCUCAACUUGAUUAUGAUGUUCCUUUAAGCACUCGUGAAAUAAUGAAUGACAUAUUCUUACAUUUAGCCCGAAAACAGUUACACAUCAUUAGAAAAACAAGAAAAUACUUUAAAUAGUUUUGGUAUCUAAGCAAAUAAACUCAUCAUAGAUACCAGGAUUGAAAUUUUAUAUUUGCGCCAGACGCGCGUUUCGUCUACAAAAGACUCAUCAGUGACGUUCGAAUAAAAACAAUGUUAAAAACAAAUACUUAUGCUUGUAUGGAUCGCUGCCUGUCUGCUCCAGAUACAUGUAGUCAUAUACAUAGAUGGAAUAUAUCAAAUAUUUGAGAGGUCUGCUUGUUGAUUCCGGAUAGCCAACAGUGCAUCAAUAAAUAUUGCACGUCUCUUCACGUUCGAAAAUUUUCUACAUUUGCUCCCAUGCCACAUAAGACAACACAGCAACCAAUUAAAGGUAUCAGCGUAUCUUUAAUAUAGUCAGUUCAAGGUUUAGCAUCGAGAGAAAAGAUAAAGGUUUAAUAUCUAAUUUCUAUUGAAUACUGAUAUUGUAGUAAUUGAUUAAUUGCACGUAUAUUUCAAGUUAAAAUGUCGAACGAAGAGUAGGUUUUUGUUUAAACAUAAUUUUUAAAAAAAUGUUUGAAAACGUAACAGAUUUACUUUGAAUGUUCUUACGUGUGUUUGUGCUGUAUUUCUGUCACUUAGUAUUGUCAUUUUAGUGAUAUUUUUUAACAUUGUCAUAAAGCAGGAGGUUUGGCUAGCCAUUAAACCAGGUUCAUCCCACCAUUUUUACAUCAGAUAACCGUGAGAGCAUUCCGGUGUAUUGUUGCCAUAGACAUUUCUACCCACGUGACUUUCGUUUUUGACUGAUAACCGAACGCAAAAUAACAUUCCUUAUCGCUUGUUAUAUAUCAAUUUCAUUAAUAAAUAUUCAUGAAAAUAAUUUUUAAGAACAUAGAUAAAUGAUAUGAAAAUGUUUUGUCGUGAGAAAUGUAUAUAUCAAUAAAAAAUCAAGAAUACCGAAAAUUUUUGUUAACGCACGCGGAAGAAUAUCUCAAAAACGUUUUGCGGGAAAAUAUGAAUGCCUACUCAAAUCAAAUCUAUUAGAAAAAUCGAAUUAUUACAGAAGAGUGUCCACCAUGCACCUGCACUGCACUAUUAUUAGAAUAGUAUA